AUGUUUACGUACAAAUUCGUGGUCCUAGCGCUUGUAGGUGCGAUUGCAGCAGAAGUUGUCCCAAGAUCGAAACGUCAAUCACUUGGAUACUAUUUAUGUGGUGGUACAUCGAAUGGAUGCGGUACUUCUUACAGCGGUUGCGGUUCAAAUUGUGGAGGCAGCAGCUCGAUUAUUUUGCCAAACACUUUCUAUUCUUCACCAUCAAACUGUCAAACACCUUGCAGUAACAUCAACUGCAAUCAGUACGCGAAUGGGCAGUACGUUGCCAGAAUCAUCGGCAGCGGUCAGUACAGCCCUUGUGCAAGUUCAUGCUGUGGCGGUGGAGUCAGCAAUUGGCCAAGUGUGAUUUAUUCUGGAUAUAACAAUAACGGCUACUACAAUCCGUAUGCAGCCAACGUUAUUGGAAACGGCGUUUACAACACAAAUCCACUAACCCAGGUUGGACCCGGUCCAGUCGUUAUCUCAAGUAGUGUACGACGAAGUCCAGUACCAGCGGCAUUCACCGUACUCAUGUGUGGUGGUAACGAACCGGCUGGUGGCUCUUGCGCAGGCAGCGGCACAUGUCCAUCUGGACAUCUUUGCGUGGCCGGAAACGUAUGCUGCCGAUGUGCCGUUGGAGCCAGUGCGGGAACUUGCCCAUCGGGUAGAGACUCCGAAUGCCCAGUUGGGUACGGCUGUGCGGCCUCACUGAACUGCUGCCCUACCGAGCUCCGGAAUGCGCACUGCACUUCCAUUUUCUCGCCGGGUGUGAAGACGUUCGGAAUCGACUUCAACCCAAUUCAAGAGAUACCACUAUGGCAGCCAAUACUUCUUGAAACCGUCUCGUAUCAGCACCUUACAUAUGACGCGUUCCUGAAAGGAUCACCCUACAGAAUGUUAUUGCUCUUAUUCACUUCGUUACUGGCUACAGUCACCGCAGAGGAAUCAGCCGUGAAUGAACUUCAGACCCGACAUCGGCGUCAGUCAUCUUAUACAAUUUACUACCUCUGCGGUAAACAGCCCAACCAGUACCUGUCAUACUAUCCGUGUACACAGUGCAAGACAUGUGGGACGCAAUGUUCACGGCCGUGUCGAACAACUAUGGCCUGUCAGGCAAUCGACAUCAAUCUUGCAUGUGUCAAUGGUUGUUGUACGAGGAGGAAUAACUUUCCACCAGUGACGACUACCACAACGACAAGGGCCCCACAACCAAACCCACUGUGUGACGGACGUGAAGCGUCGGCUGGCUACUGUCGAGCAGGAGGGCUUUGUGCAUCUGGCUUCCUAUGUAGAAGUAACAAUGUGUGUUGUCGAUGUGCUUAUGGAAUCAGCAUUGGUCCCUGUGUAAAUGGGAAGUGCCCCGAUGAUUUCCAAUGCAAUAUCAAUAACGAAUGUUGCCCAUAUCAAGUGGGAAAGUGA